AUGGAAACUAAACCUCUGGGCUCUUACCCCAACUCUGGCAUCGACGUUCUCGUCGUUGGUACUGGUCUUGCAGGUUUGGCUGCUGCUCUCGAAUGUAUUCGCAAGGGCCACAAUGUCAAGGUUCUUGAGCGCAAUGCAACAAUCAACACUGCCGGAGACAUGUACUUCAUGGGUCUCAGCGCUACCCGCUUCUUCAACCACUGGCCUGAGAUGAAGAAGGAGUACGACUCAAUUGGUCUCCACGAUGCCUACAUUGAGACCUUCAUGCACUCUGGUCAGCAAAUGAUCAAGCCCCUCAGAGUUGCCGACCGUCUCAAGGCUCAGGGUCUCGACCCUGGCACUCCUCCUGGUACUUUCCAGAUGCGCCCUCUCGUCUACAAGAUGUUCGUCAACCAGGUCGAAGCUCUUGGUGUCAAGGUCGAGUUCGGCCGCCGCGUCGUCGACUACUACGAGGAUAUCGAGAGGAACAAGGCCGGUGUUGUCUGUGAUGACGGCCAGAAGUAUGAGGCUGAUGUUGUCAUCGCCGCCGACGGUGUCGGCUCCAAGUCUCAGAAGCUUGUCGGUGGCCAGGUCAGAGCAGUUUCCUCAGGCAGAGCCAUGUGGAGAGCUGCUUUCCCUAUCGAGCACCUUGACAAGGAUCCUGAGGUCAAGGAGUUCUUUUCCAUGGUCAACGGCCAGAACCCCAUCGUCCGUACAUGGCUUGGCCCUGGCACUUACGCCUUGACCCUCACCCGCCCUGACACCAUGAUCUGGAUCAUGAACCACGACGCCACUGGUAGCGAAGCCGAGUCUUGGAACAACACUAUCGACCACGAGGAAGUGUUGGAGGGUAUGGACAAGGUCCCUGGACCCAACAAGUGGGCACCCAUCUUCAAGAGACUUGUAAAGUGCACACCAGACAAUACCAUCAUCAACUUCGAGCUUCUGUGGAGAAACCCUCAGCCUACCUGGUUGUCUCCUGGAGCUCGCGUCGUCCAGAUCGGUGAUGCUGCUCACUCUUUCUUGCCUGCCUCUGGUAACGGCGCCACUCAAGCCAUUGAGGAUGCCGUCACUAUUGCCUCUUGCUUGCAACUUGCUGGCAAGGACCGCAUUGACGAUGCCGUCCGUGCUCACGUCAGAGUUCGUUUCAUCCGUAACUCUUGCGCACAGAAGCUUGGCUUCAGCAACGCAGAGCUCCUCCAGGACACCGACUGGGAGAAGGUAAAGCUCGACCCCCGCAGGGCUGCUCCCAAGCUUCCCAAGUGGGUCUGGAGCCACGACCCCGAGCACUACAUUCACUCAAACUACGACAACAUUGUCGAUGGUAUGAAGAAGGGCAUCAGACACGAAGACGACGAGCGUGUCCCACCCAACUACCCUCCUGGCUACCGCUACGAGCCAUGGAACAUCGACGAGAUCAUGGAUGCCAUGAGAAAUGGCAGACCCGUCGAGCUUGGUGCUGGUGACUGGGACUAG